AUGUCACACCCUUCUGCCGCUGCACUAGCCCGCAUCCCUUCGACACGCUCGUAUCAUCGCGGCUUUGCAGCCGGCGACGCCACAUACAUUGGCUACAACGCUAGCCGCCCGACCGAUGCGCUGCGACGACGUGCCACCUCCGACCCCCGCGCCCCGUCUCACGAUGUCUCCAAUCUUGGCGCCGCUGCGCGCCCAAAGACGCAAAUCGAACUCGAUCUCGAGCGCGCGGAUCGCCUACGACGCCAACGACGCUUCACACUCACGAACGCGGACGUCGCUGCGAAAGACAAGGACAUUGCGGCAGCGGAGGACGAAUUACGUGAGGAUCUACAGAUGAUCGGUCAUCGAGGCAUGGAAAUCACGCGAAGGCUGGACUAUGGAUAUUACAAUCUGCUUGAAAAGGUCGGUAAUCUGGCGAGCGUCAUUCAGAGCCUCCAGAGCCUGAGCACACAGAGUGGGCAACUGGUUAGGAAUCUCGAAGGGGAGGCCGAGAAGAUUGAUGACAUGGUCAAGAGCAAGGCUUCAGAUUUGAGAAAAGGAUUCGAGGAGAGAGACGAGAGGGCCAAGCAACUUGAAAGUAGGGGCAAAGAGGUGCAACGAUUGGCGGAGGAGAUGGGCCAGCGGCUGGAGACGGCGCGGGCGAAAGUUGAGAAAUGGGAAGAGGAAGAAUCGCAGAGGCAAGAGGUCUGGAGUCGCUUCGUGGCGAGAGUCUGGGGAAUGGCGGGAAGUGUGGUCUUCUUGGUUGUCGCCAUCGUUGUCGCAAAGGAGGUCUGGCUUGGGAGGGCAGCCAUUAAGGACCUGAUCGCGCCUGGUCAGGGAAAUGUGCUUCACAACACUAGUCUCGCCGUUGGUAUGAGGAAGCUGGAGGGCGCGAAGGAACGUAUUCCUGAAGAUGUCAAGAGGGUGUUGGUGGAGAUCGAGGAGCGGAACCGAAAUUCUAGAAGUCCACUUGUACAGACCCAUCCCAUCGAAAGCCAGGUCAGAACCGAGGAACCGGAGAUCCUGCGGGUGCUCAACGAGUUAUGA